AUGUCAUCCAGUGAAGAAUUGUGGGCAACCAAAUUGGGCUCCAUUAUUCCAGGACCAGUCAAUGUAGGGCUUGAGCUUCUUGAAGGUGAGCUCCUCCACUUUCUCCUUAGAGGUUUCUUGGUGAAAGGAAAGCUCAAGAUCUGCAUGGACGACUAUGUCAAGAACAUGUUGGAAGAUUUCCCUUUCAAGUUCAACAAGGAUUCAAAGCAGGAAACACCAGCUGGCAACGAAUUACUGGGAGCUGGUAGAGAAAAGCUACCCAGUGCUGAGUACCUUCAGAUCUUCCAUAAUACUGUUACAAGGGGACUUUAUGUCUCUUAG